AUGACUGGUGAGGAUGCGUUUCGUACUCGAAUUGAGAAUACGACCAGGGUCCUGGGCGACUCAUUCGAUGUCAAAAGUGAAAUCCAGUUGAUCGAUGGGUUGAUCAAACAGCGGCACACGUUGCUGCACGAAGCAUGGCAGAGCGAGAUGCGCAUGAUAUCAGCACAGUUCGACUUUGAUUUACCCGAGGAAGUGUCCCUUGAUGAAGUCCUGAAGCAGCGACGACAAGAGAAACUCGAUGAGUUCGAGCGGAACCACACUGAAACAUACCAUGAGCUACUUGACGCGUUUGACAAACAGCUCGAGCGAUACUAUCUCAAUGAGGACGACCGGAAACAGGCCAUCUCGACGCUUCUGAUCGCUGUUCAUGAGCCUACUGAUCUUACAAUCGCCGCCUUCAAACCCUUUUUUUGUCGAUUUCGGAGAGUUACUUCAAACCGUAGAUUUUUUGUAACCGCAGAUGGCCGAUGUGGUUUGGGUCCAAGUUGUCUCGAGGAUAAUGAUGUCGUAGCCAUCUUAGCUGGAGGUUCCGUCCCAUAUGUUUUGCGUCCUGUGGCUGGGAGUUACAAUUUCAUUGGAGAGUGCUACGAUGGCGACUUUAUGAAGGGUGGAGACUUGGAAGGGCGAAAGGAUUCGACGUUGGACACGAUCCGACUGCAAUGA